AUGCACGACCCAUCGAACCAAAGAGUCGGGAACGUUCAAGGUCGGGCUAUGAACGUCAAUGGCUCUCAUAGUCAAGGACAAGCAAGACAUCAGCCUGAAAGAGUCAUAAAAUCCCCUCAAUGGUUCAGUCUUCCUCCGGCUAUUCGCCAGCUCUUCUCAUUGUUCCCUUUGAUCACCUACGAUGAGAACGAACUACCACAGAGAGUUCCAAAUUCGAGACACCAUCAUACACUCCACAUCUUCACGAUCAACGGUCAUGAGCUGUCGCCAAAUCCUGCCUGCUUGAAAUGGCAGGCGUACCUAUUGGCUAAAAGAAUUCCGUUUACGGUCGUGUCUGCGAACAACCAUGCCUCUCCGUCUGGCGCCUUACCUUUCCUGCUACCUGCGCAGAAAUCGAAGAAGGAGCCACAACCACAAGCCAUACCCUCGUCGAAAAUUCAGAGGUGGGCAGAGUCACAAGGCGCAAAAGAGGAAACGCUACCUAUUCAACUUGAGGCUUACAUGGCCUUGAUCGACCAGAAUGUGCGUAAUGCCUGGUUAUACUUUCUCUAUCUACGGAAGGAGAAUUUUGAAGCCGUUGCGAGGAGACUCUAUGUGGAGACUGCUUCUAGCAACACUAUGGUGCAAAUAAGCCUGGCACACCAACUGAGGUCGGCGGCCCAAGAGCAGCUACUGCGCACAAGAACCCACAUUGACGAGGAGGAAAUAUACGAAGCAGCAGACGCAGCUUUCAAGGCGUUGGCUACUGCGCUUGGUGACGAUUCCUUCUUCAGCAAAACAGAGUCGCCAAAUAUCUUCGAUGUGACGCUGUUCUCGUAUACACAUCUAUUGCUAAGUUUUGGACGGUCAUCGCAGCAGAACUCUUUGUCUUGGCAGGACUCAACAUUACUGGACCUUCUGUCGCGACAUGAAAAGUUACUCCACCAUCGAAAGCGUGUUCUGCACUUCUGCAAUGGAGAUGACAUGACUCAGUCGACUCCUUGA